GCCGAGGAUGCUGCGGCUGCGCUGCAAGGCCCGGAGCGGCACCCACCCGCUGCCCGGCCUCACGGCCCACUCCCGCCUCCGCGACAUGCAGGCAGCCCUGGCCGCCCUUACCGGCGUCCCCGUCCCGGCCCAGCGUCUCCUUCUCGGUUUCCCGCCGCGGAGCCUGGACCUCAGCGACGGCGAGCGGCGACUCGGAGACCUCGGGAUCCACUCGGGCGAUACUCUAAUAGUUGAAGAGGAUACGUCCAAACCCAAGACUGACUCGCCUGUAGUUGCGAAAAGAACGAUGUCUAACUCGGUUAGGGAAGCCGUGCCUGUGCUUGCGAGGAGGGUUGUUCCGGCAGAUAACUCCUGUCUCUUCACCAGUGUGUACUAUGUGGUGGAGGGGGGCGUUUAUGACCCGGGUUGCGCUCCAGAGAUGCGCAGUCUUAUAGCCCAGAUAGUAGCAAGUGAUCCUGAAUCUUACUGUGAGGCAGUUUUAGGGAAAACUAACAGGGAGUAUUGUGACUGGAUCAGAAGAGAAGAGACUUGGGGAGGAGCCAUCGAAGUGUCCAUUUUAUCCAAAUUUUACCAGUGCGAAAUCUGUGUGGUGGACACACAGACAGUCAGAAUCGACCGUUUUGGGGAAGAUGCCGGUUACACUAAGCGGGUCCUUUUAAUUUAUGAUGGGAUUCAUUACGACCCACUUGAGCGUAAAAUCCCUGACUCGGACAUUCCUCCCCAGACCAUUUUCUCCACAACUGAUGAUAUUGUUCUUGCACAAGCGUUGGAGUUGGCAGAUGAAGCCAGACGGAAGAGGCAGUUUACCGAUGUGAAUCACUUUACGCUGAGGUGCAUGGUGUGCCAGAAGGGACUAACUGGACAAGUGGAAGCCAGAGAACACGCCAAGGAGACUGGACACACCAACUUCGGGGAAGUGUGACAUCUGCAUGAGGAUGGUUACAUCGACUACCUCACCGAUCCAGAAUAAAAUUCUGGAUUUCCAGAUAAGCUGUAUGUAAUCAUAAAAUUCCGUUCACAAAGCUUGAAAAGCAUAUUAACUUAACGAUGGCCAAGAUGCACAGGUUUGUUAUGGUUAGUGACUUUUCCAACAGAUUUGAAAUAGGUAUCUUCUCGCAUGCUAACUUAUAGUACUUUGGCAGGUGGUAUACACUGGCAGCUAAAACUUGAUUUCUGAAAUAAUAUUCUCUUUGUGUAUGCGAUCUGAGCGGACAUAAAAAACAAGGCUCGUUCAAGACUAGCGUAAAAUCUAGCCUCUGAAUUAAUCUCUGUAUUAUGUUUUCAGGGUAAUUAAAUUAAUCUAAGGGUUUGGGAAACACACGUAUCAGCAUUACUUAUACUAAGAAUUAGACUCUGCACGUACAAGCAGUUCUUGCAGGGGAAACUGCUCAUUUGGUGCACAAUUUUUAAUGGAAAGAGUAUCUCCAAAGCUGCCCUAUACUAUGUUACCAUCAGAAGUAGAGUGUAUUGUUUAUGUGAAGUCAUGGCUUUAGAGAAAGAAAUGGCCUCUAAGCUUUAAGAUAGCCUUCUUUAAAUUAACAAGUAGAUGGUUAAGUGUUGAAUAAACUUAUUAAUCCUCCGUAGGUAGCUUUUAGUUGCUUGAAAAAUAACUAUAUCAACCCCCUGGUGUUUACACUGCAUCAGAACAUAGGCAUGUUUCUUGACAUACUUUGAAUUCUUCUUCAUAAUAGUAUCGGAAAUUCUGGCAAGAGGGAAAUAGAGCAGUUAGGGAAGUAACUUAAUUUGCAUCUGUUAAACACAUUUAAGCAGACUUUACUUGGGUAUAGCCAAUUUCAUGGCCACAGUGUUACUAAGCUGUACCAGACUCCAAAUACUGUAAAUUAGCACUUUAAGGUAUAGUUCUCACUCUUUGCCGAUAAAAAGUUUUGCCCUUUUUAAGAAGGACAGAGUGCUAACCCAGAAGGGAGGCUUGAGGUUUCUUCAUCUGCAUUCUGCCUUAAUGUGUUUCAUUUGUCACCGAUGACUGCUCGGUAGCAAGACUUUAAUUCUGAUAAUGAAGGGUGCAGUUUAAUUUUCAGAACAAAAUAAGCUGCGUAAACUGCCCUACUUCUCAUACUAUUCAGAAUCAGGGAAGUUGAAAUUGGUUUAGUAUAUCUUGCCUCACAGCGGGGUUGUGAGGCUUAACAGUAAGUGCUUUUGAGGUCUUUUAAAAGGUGCUGUAACGGUGCAUAUUACUGAAAGGGAUUUUUUUUUUUCUUUGAAAUGCCUAUAACACACAUUUGUUUUAUUGAAUUUUAAAAUAUUCUUAGCCUGCUAUUCUUCUGUUACUCUGUUCUGAGUUACCUUCCUUGCACGUUUACAAAUGGGGAGCAAGAACGUGCAUCUUCGGACUGAGGCAGAAAUAAACCCACUUUCCAAGUGGAAUCUAAGAUCUAGUUUUAAAGGCCUCCAUUGUUAGGGCAUCUGGCUAAACUCCUGGUGCAGCGAAAACUUAUUUUUGAUAAAAAGCACGUUUCGCUGAAGUUCUCAGCUGAGGCUCCCAGUUGGACCUUGAAAUACAGGAGGGUCUUACUGAGGAAGGAACAUAAUUACAUAAGUGCUUUGUUGAAUUGAGGCAUGAAUAAUUAAGUAUAAAGAAUAGAAUCACCAAGAGCACUAUGGACCAGGUUUCUUUUUAAUUCAGUAUUAAAAUACACAUUAGCACUGGUGGGAGUUUCCUGUAGAAAGCCACUUAGCUUCCAAUGUUAAACCCCACUUUGCUUUUAGCCUAUCAUUAGGAAAAAAAAAAACAAACAAAAACCAAACCCCAACAUGAAAACCAGCCCUCUAGAAGCUGAUGCUUAUAAACCUAAAGAAAUACCUGACAGUUCAAAGGAACUUGAAGAUUACACUGUGUUAUAACUACUUGAGAUGAAAUACUGUCUAGGAAUGAGACCAAGAGACUGUCAAUCCUAAAUUGUAUUCUCAGCUUUCACACCGAAGCGGUGAGAUGCCUUGGACAAGGAGCUGAUCCUCACCAUUUGCCAUCUGUAAAAUGGACAUAAUACCUACCUCAGAGAGGUGUACAAGGUGACUAUCUUUGGGUGUCUUUGAAACAGAAGUGGAAGAUACAUAUUUAUUGUCUGCCAUGUUUGCAAAUGCAUUGACUUUGGGGAGCAACACAUAGAUGUUAGCUUUGUAUCCAGGAUGGAUUUCUGAAGGUGUGUAAAAAUAUUUUUUUGGUAUUUCUCAGUUGCAGUAUUUUUAAAAUUAGGUUAUUUAAACCAGAGUGUGUAGCUUUGCUAUAUCAUGUUUGUGUUGGAAACCUGCUAACAGAGAAUCAGUUUCAUUUGAGGAAAAUGUGUCAAUAUCACUGCUUGGAUGUUUUCUUUCGUUGCCUAGAAAAUAAAAUCUCUUUGGUUAAAAAAUGUCAACUGAACUGCUGUAAUUCAUCUUUGUAAAAGUUGAUACUGUUACACGCUGACAAACUCAAGAACAAGUAACCCUUGGUAUGGACUGGGAGUCAGAAAACCUUAUGUGAUUCUCCUAAACUCUCCCAAACAGAAAGUAACUACAUUAUUUAAAAUGUAAAAGAUACAUAUACCUUUAAAGUACAACUCACUCUCUUUUGUAAAUGUUAGGCUUCUUUACUGUCUUUUUAUCAGCAUUUGCCUGCCCUUAAUGAUACAAUUACAGAAGUAUCACAAAAAAUGGCAUCCUGGCACUAGUAAGAUGAACUUCUGAACAUCACUAAUACAUUUGCACUGAACUGUUAUUAAUUGUACAGCAAGAUGUUAGUUACAGAUAUUUUAGAACAGAGGUGGU